UCCUCUGGCUGGCACCAUGCAGCUCCCACUAGCCCUGUGUCUUGUCUGCCUGCUGGUACACGCAGCCUUCCGUGUAGUGGAGGGCCAGGGGUGGCAGGCCUUCAAGAAUGAUGCCACGGAAAUCAUCCCCGAGCUCGGAGAGUACCCCGAGCCUCCACCGGAGCUGGAGAACAACAAGACCAUGAACCGGGCGGAGAACGGAGGGCGGCCUCCCCACCACCCCUUUGAGACCAAAGACGUGUCCGAGUACAGCUGCCGAGAGCUGCACUUCACCCGCUACGUGACCGACGGGCCGUGCCGCAGCGCCAAGCCAGUCACUGAGUUGGUGUGCUCCGGUCAGUGCGGCCCGGCACGCCUGCUGCCCAACGCCAUCGGCCGCGGCAAGUGGUGGCGCCCAAGUGGGCCCGACUUCCGCUGCAUCCCCGACCGCUACCGCGCGCAGCGUGUGCAGCUGCUGUGUCCCGGUGGUGCCGCGCCGCGCGCGCGCAAGGUGCGCCUGGUGGCCUCGUGCAAGUGCAAGCGCCUCACCCGCUUCCACAACCAGUCGGAGCUCAAGGACUUCGGUCCCGAGGCCGCUCGGCCGCAGAAGGGCCGGAAGCCGCGGCCCCGCGCCCGGGGGGCCAAAGCCAACCAGGCCGAGCUGGAGAACGCCUACUAGAGCCCUCCCGCGCCCCUCCCCACCGGCGGGGCCCCGCGCCCCACGUUUCUGUCCUCUGCGCGUGGUUUGAUUGUUUAUAUUUCAUUGUAAAUGCCUGCAACCCAGGGCAGGGGGCUGAGACCUUCCAGGCCCUGAGGAAUCCCGGGCGCCGGCAAGGCCCCCCUCAGUCAGCCAGCUGAGGGGUCCCGCGGGGCAGGGGAGGGAGUUGAGAGUCACAGACACUGAGCCACGCAGCCCCGCCUCCGGGGCCGCCGACCUUUGCUGGUCCCACUUCAGAGGAGGCAGAAAUGGAAGCAUUUUCACCGCCCUGGGGUUUUAAGUGAGCGGUGUGGGAGUGUGA